AUGAGGUUAGCUGUGCUCUGCGUGUAUGGGACCCUGCUGGCCUUCUCCACGGCCCCUGGGAACUAUGCAAACCUCAGCAAGGGAAACUUCAAUUGGGGUACAGAAUCUGGGAGCUGCUUGGUAACUAUAAAGCCUGCAGGGAAGUGUGGGGGAGAGGGGAUGGACGAGGACGCAUGCCCCUACCGAGUGACCCUUCCACCGCUGGACGUCAUGCUGCCCCGGCAGCUCAGGGAGUUGGAGAGGACGGUGAAGGAGGUGCAGAGGCUAAAGGACACCGUGGAGCAGCUGAAGAGAGCCUGCAUGGAGUGCAGGAUGAGCCAGAUGGAGAGGGAGAGAGAGAGAAUGGGGGACAGAGAGAGGGAGAAAGAAGAGAAGGAGAAGGUGAGAUUGGGAGAGAGGCAGAAGGAGAUAGAGGGGGAGAAGACGGAGAGACAGGGAGACAGAGAAAGGAAGAUGGAGAUGGACAAGGAGGAAGAGGGGGCAAGAGACAGGGAAAUAACAAUUGUGGAAGAGAGAGAGGGAGUGGAGGAGAGGGUCAGGGAGAUUGAGAACAAUAUUGUAGAGAUAAGAAAGAGAGAACGGGAGAACGAGUGGGCGAGAGAGUGGGAGAGGGAAAAGGAGAGUGAAAGAGGGGGAAACAGGGAAUGGGGGAUAGAGAGGGAAAGAAAAAUAGAGGACGAGACCAAGACAGAGGAAGAGAAGGAAAGGGAGACAGAGAUGGAGAAAGAUAACAUUUUAGAAGGGGAAAGGGGGAGCGGGAGAGAGAUAGAGAAAGACAGGAGGAGGGAAAAUGAAAGAGAGAGGUUACGGGAAACAAAGGUGGAAACCGAGAAGGAGAGGGAGAGUCAGGGGGAGAAGGUAAGGGAGAAGGAUCUGGAGAGGGAGUGUAGAGAGAAAGAGGAGGAGAGAGGGAGGGGAAAUAUGGAACAGAUCCAGGAGAAGGGACAACAUCAGGUGGAGAUAGAGAGGGAAAGGGAGGGGAAGAUAGAGAAGGAGAGUGAGAAAAAGAAAGAGAAGGAGAAGGAGAGGCAGAGUCAACAUCCUUGGCAAGGAAAGAAUGAGAGAAAGACCCAGGGAGAGAAAGAAUGGCAGAAGGAGAAAGAGAGAGAGAAGCAAACCCCGGGCCACAGGCAGAUAGAAAAAAAGAAAGAGAAUCAGAGAGAGGAGACAGUAAAGAAGAUGGAGAAAGAGGUAGAAAAAACAGUCAAAAAAGUGCAGAGACACAGUAUAGGAGCGGUGACGACAGAUGGGUCAAGUGAUAAUCAGGACACGGCCUCACCUAGCCCAAGCACUGGUUUUACACAGGACUCAAUCCCCAGACCUCACUCAUCAGGACCAAACCAAACAUCCACCUCCAUCUCAAGCCCUGCCACCAAUCCCAGCCCAGGAUCUAGCUCAGACACGGCCAGUGGAUAUAUUCUAAGUCCUUCCUCCAGCUCAACCUCUAGCCCCAGAUCUUCCUCCAUCGCCAGCACAAGGAAAAGCUCAAUUCUUAACACAAGCUCCAGUCAAAGGACCAUCUCCUCUUUACCACGCCAAGGAGCCACCAGGUCUGACGCCAUCACAACCCCAAGUUCAGGCACCAGCUACAGGACUGACAGAACCACCCCAAGUAUCAUAACAAGCUCAAGCCAAACAACCAUCAGCUCAUCAAAAAGGAUUAUUAGCCCAAGAAACAGACCUGCCCAGAAGCACAAGCCCAACCAAACUAUCCAGGCCAUCAGACCCGGCCUUAAGCCCAGACCACCCAGCCCGACUAGCUCCUCCAGCCUCAGCUCACAGACCACCACCACCAGCUCCAGCCCUGCACGGACAAGGACUGACAAAAACCCAGGAUCCAGCCCAACGAUUACCAGGACCUGGAGGAAUCCCAGGCCUAGCACAAAACCAAAAUCUGGGCCAAAGCUCAGACCAGGCCUAAAGCCCAGACCCAGCGUAAAACCUAAAGAUGAACAAAAACCUAAACCAGGCCUAAAGCUUAUCCCAGGCCUAACACCUAAACCUGAACCAAAACCAAAACCUGUCCUAAAGCCCAGGCGACUCAGUCCAACCAGCUCCUCCAGCUUCAAUCCUAAAACCGCUUCCAGAACUGGCUCAACUUCAACCACCACCACUGGUCUUAGACCUGGUAAUCAGCUUUACAAGACCCAGUCUACAGACCACUAA